GCCACCCGCACGACCGCACACACACCAGCAGCAAUGGCGCGCGCCGGCGCACUCUGCCUCGCGCUGCUCUGCCUCCUCGCGGCGCACUCCGCCGUCGCCCAGAAGUCCACCGCCCCGGCCGCCGCGCCCACCACCACCCCCACCCCCGCCGCUCCCGCCAAGAAAACCACCCCCGCACCCGCCGCCGCACCCACCACCACCCCCGCCGCCGCCACCGCCCCGUCCGCAGCCCCACCCACCACGCCCGCCACCCCCGCCCCCGCCGCCGCCCCGCCCACCACCGCCACCCCGGCCCCCGUCAAGGCCCCCGCCGCCGCGCCCCCCAAGAAGGCCGCCGCCUCGCCCCCGGCCCCUGCCCCCAAGGCCCUCCUCCCGCCCGUCGAGGCGCCCGUCGCCUCCCCUCCCGUCGCGCUCUCGCCCGCCACCCUCCCCACCAAGCCCGACGCGCCCGCCCCCGCGCCCGCCAAGAAGAAGAAGAAGUCCUCCAAGAAGAAGAAGAGCAAGGCCCCAGCACCCGCACCCGUCGCCGAGGCCCCCGUCAAGUCCAAGAAGGCCAAGGCCCCCGCCGCCGCCGACGACGCUGAUGCGCCCGGCCCCGCUGGGGACGGUUCCGUCGCCGACGACACCGCGGGCGCCAUCCAGACAAUGGCAGGGAGCAUCAUCUCGGCGUGCGCAUUGGCGCUGGGCCUCGCCGCCCUUCUGGCCUAG